UUGCCCGUACAUCGUAACCAGCCAAAUAAAAAUGGAAGACUUUGUAGCGGCAGUCAAAGUUUUUUCUCAAGAUAAAAAUUGGACCGAAUUAAAGGUUUAUAUCAACGAAUCUGCUUCCUUAAUAGCAAAGAAUGCUUCAAAGAUCGACUCUGCAUUAUCGGCUCUUAAUCCUGCCGAGCAAACACUCGGAUAUCUGGGUCUAAUAUUGUAUAAAGUAUCACUGCCAAAUUGUGGUGACUUUGAAUUGCUGUUCAAUCAGAUACAAAAAUUAAUUGAAGUUGGUUGCAAGAAUCAACUGCAGCAGGGUGUUGAUAAAUUUUGCUAUGUCUGCCACUUCCUUACAAAUUGUCUGAUUGAGCAAAAAAAGACUUUCAGGGGUAUUCUACUAAUGUCAGAAGCAAUAUUAAAAGCACAAAAUCACCCAUCUGAGCUCAUUUCUAUACAUGCUGAUCUGUUUCAGUUAUGCCUCGCAUCAAAAUGUCUGAAGCCUGCUGUCAAAUUUCUGAAUAUCGAUGUAACUGAUGUCAACAACGAGUUCGAUCAUUUCGAUGCAAAGACAUUUCUUCUCUACUACUAUUACGGGGGAAUGAUUUAUUUGGCGCUAAAAGAAUACCACAAAGCACUUUUCUUCUUCCAAACUACUGUCACUACCCCCGCGAUGGUUGUUAGCCACAUCAUGCUUGAAGCUUACAAAAAAUAUUUACUCGUGUCCUUAUUUCUACAUGGAAAGAUUCUUCCUCUACCAAAAUACACUUCAGCAGUUGUGUCAAGAUAUAUAAAGCCAUUGAGUUCACCGUAUGUGGAGCUAUCGGAAGCUUACAGUUCAAUUGAUCAAGAUCAACUAAGAAUGGUGGCUAAUAAGCACCAAGCUGUAUUUCAAAGGGACAUCAAUGUUGGACUGGUUAAACAAGUCAUGUCUUCUUUAACCAAAAAACGCAUACAAAAACUAACAAAGACUUUUUUAACGUUAUCGUUGGUUGAUAUGGCAACACGUGUCAAACUAUCUAAUGCGAGAGAAGCAGAAGAAUACUUGUUACAAAUGAUCGAAGAUGGUACAAUCCAUGCGACGAUCGAUCAACCAGCCGGUAUGGUUUCGUUCCACAACAAUCCAGAACGAUACAACACACCUGAAAUGCUGGCAAAAAUUGACCAAGAGAUGAAAAAAUGCAUCCAGUUAAAUGCCCGUUUGCAGAAAAUGGACCAAGAAUUUCAAGAGAAACCGCAGUACAUCCAAAGGGUGAUGAACAUGGUGCAUAUGGACGAUCCUGGAAAGGCGGAUGAAAUAAUGGGCUCAUGACGAUGCAUCUAUCCAGCGAUUAGCAUUUUCUGGCUUGUGUAUGGAGGGAGAUUGGGAAUAUUGUCAAAUAGCGAAGGAAGUUUAAAAAUAUACUACAUGCAAUGUUGUAUCACGAAUUAUAAGUUUAACGAGCAACUAAAUCUUUAUUGGGUUAAGAAAAUGAAUAUAGGUGGCA